CAUUCUUCUUGAAACGAUGUGGGCACUGCAGCUGAUGUCGUUUCGCACAGGACAUUUUCCCUUAUAACGUGGAACAGUCUCACCGCGACCCCCAUAAUAUUUUUGCCGUACUCAUGCUCGAACAAGGCCUAGACCUGUAAAGCGCUUUUGAAUGCGCCGGCGAGCUAUGCAAUGGCACCAUCCAGCGCUUUGAAGAGAAUCGUGCCAUUCUCCCCUCGUGAAAAGGUUGAUAUACAGGUGGCUACCUAUGUUGGAAGGUUGCAGGACUGGAUUGUCGGUGCGCUGCACUGGUCCUUUGCUUCCACCCGCUACUUUGGGAAGGAUGGACGCACUGUCAAGCGAAACCGAAUCAUCGAGCUACUUUCCCAAAUUCCCUUGCUAGACGCGCUGUGGAUACCGAGAUGGGCGUGGCACAAAAUUCAACGUGCCUGUGACGACGGUAAAUUGGAGACUUGAUGUGUGAUUGUCAGACUGAAGCGGCUCGUUGAGUCAUUCAAGCCGUCUACAUUUAGAAGUAGUCCACUAGCUUAUCUCGUUGGCCAGGAAUAUAACCACGCACAUCAAGAAACC